AUGGCUGUAAACCUUGGUGAAUAUGAUGAAGAACAAAUUAGGUUGAUGGAGGAAAUGUGUAUUCUCGUUGAUGAAAAUGACAAAAAAAUUGGAUCUGAUACCAAAAAAAAUUGUCAUCUCAUGGAAAAUAUAAAAAAAGGAUUGUUACAUCGAGCAUUUUCUGUAUUUUUAUUUAAUUCUGAAGAUAAAUUAUUAUUACAACAAAGAUCAUCAGAUAAAAUCACCUUUCCAAAUAAUUGGACAAAUACAUGUUGUUCUCAUCCAUUAAAUACUAAAUUAGAAUUAGAAGAAGAAAAUCAAAUUGGAGUUCUUCGUGCAGCUCAAAGAAAAUUAGAACAUGAAUUAGGAAUUAAAGCUGAACAAGUACCUUUGGAUAAAUUUAAAUUUUUAACUAGAAUACACUAUUUGGCACCAUCUGAUGAUGUUUGGGUUGAUUAUAUUCUGAUUAUUCGUGCAAAUGUUGAUCUUAACAUAAAUCCAAAUGAAGCUAAAGAAACAAAAUAUUUUUCUAAAGAUGAAUUACAAUCUAAAUUUAGUAAUCCAAAAGGUGAGCAAAUUAUAUUAUGA